AGGAAUUACAAGGGUGACCUUUAUUCAGCUGUCUCCUUUUUGAUUCCCAUAACUUCUGGAUCUAUCAAGGACUGCUUACAUUAAAGGAGUUCCUUUUUUCAUGAAACUGAGCUUGCUUAAUCAGAGAUGGAGCAAACAGACUGCAAACCCUAUCAGCCUCUGUCAAAAGUCAAGCAUGAAAUGGACCUAGCUUAUACUAGUUCUUCCGAUGAGAGUGAAGAUGGAAGAAAACCAAGACAGUCAUACAACUCCAGAGAAACUCUGCAUGAGUAUAACCAAGAGCUGAGGAUGAAUUACAAUAGCCAGAGUAGGAAGAGGAAAGAAGUAGAGAAAUCUACUCAAGAGAUGGAAUUUUGUGAAACCCCUCACACUCUGUGCUCUGGCUACCAGACAGACAUGCACAGUGUUUCUCGGCAUGGCUACCAGCUAGAGAUGGGAUCUGAUGUGGACACGGAGACAGAAGGUGCUGCCUCACCUGACCAUGCGCUGAGAAUGUGGAUAAGGGGGAUGAAGUCAGAGCAUAGUUCCUGUUUGUCCAGCCGGGCCAACUCCGCAUUGUCCUUGACUGACACUGACCAUGAAAGGAAGUCUGAUGGAGAGAAUGGUCCCAUCACCAUGACCACAAAGCCUGGUCUGUUAGCAGUGGCUAAUGAGUAUUUUCUCAGGUGUCAGAGAGGUAGCCAACAGCCCUGUACCUGCAGCUUUUUCUAUUCUAUCCUCCUCUGCCUCCUUCAGCCUGUAGGAGACAUUGGCCACAAGGAUAUAAUCAGGAAUGACAUUUGUAAUAUCACUAAAUAUCCUAUCACCAAAUAUCCUUGA